AUGCAAGUUCGUGGGGUGCCGGAGCAGGGCGAUCAAUUGAACCCUCGAGCGUCUGAGAGGGUUUCGCUAUUCUCCUUUACGCACCUGCUCCGGAAUCAGGAUACGGAUGCUCGAUGUGAUAGCUAACUGACCUCAACAACUAGUGCUUCUGCCACGGGCUGAGUCUUACGCGAGCAAACCCCCCGGGGUUCCUCGGGUUAAUACUACAAAUACUAGUGAUCCUUCCCCCGCCGUCAAUGCGCCGUUAGAUUGUCUGCUUCUCAUGUUCCUGCUAGCAAAGCAGUGGCUGGGAGCAUGGUUUUCGCUUGGCGGGCUUCGGUGGGCGUGGGAUGGCGAUGUCGCGGGCACAAAGCCGGCAUUGGGCACUGGAACUAAGAGUCACGAGAAUGUUACCGGAGGCUUUGUUCCGCAUUUCGCGAUCGAUUAUGGUUCCUCCUCCCUCCACUUCCCCUCAUCUCCAAACCCGAGUCUCCAUCCCUAACAAUGGUGAAUAGCGCCCUAUGUCCACCUCUACAGCGAAGAAAUAUUCCUCCCCGGUGACAUUGGCGAGCACCUUGAGCACACGAUACCGUACCUAAACUACACUCCACUAACCCCACUCGACACCCGCCAAUCUCUAACCUCCCUCUCGCAUCUCAACCGCUUCGGUCCUCACGUUUACCUGACCUCGGAUGACGAUCCGGAAACCCAACCACCCUGGCUCCGCGGUGAGCACAACCGCCCCGCUCCCAUCGGUCACGGAGAAACGGAUGUGGGUGCUAGCACGGCGCCGGGGAUAAUCAUCUGGACGGAGAAGGAGAGCAAUGUCACGGAUGUUUUUUACUUUUACUUUUACAGCUUCAAUUUGGGGAACACGGUUGCCGGCUGGCGGUUUGGAAAUCAUGUUGGCGACUGGGAGCAUACUGCCGUGCGGUUCGUGAAUGGAGUUCCGCAGAGCAUUUUUUACAGUGAGCAUUCAAGUGGUGCAGCGUACGAGUAUGGUGCUGUUGAGAAGAUCGGUAUCCGCGUACGCAUCUCCAUUCCUUCCUCGCACCACAUUACCCUCGCUGACACGGUUCCUUGGAUUGUACAGCCCGUAUGCUACUCCGCCCGCGGCUCUCAUGCAAACUACGCACGCCCAGGAACACACUACUAUGCUAUCCCGUUCCAUCUGCUCGCAGACCACACAGACAAAGGCCCUCUCUGGGACGUUACUAAAAACUCAUACAUAUACAAGUACGACAUUGAACAUGAUGUCCUGAAACCUAGCCAUGAUACCCCGGGGGCACCGGUAGACUGGUUCCACUUUGGCGGCAGGUGGGGGGACAGGAUGUACAAAGCCGGCGAUCGAAGGCAGUGGAUGGUUGCGGGGCAGUACCGUGAGAUACCUUAGCACCAAGGAGAUUCAGGCGGGAAGAGUGAGGGCUAAUCGGGAUGUUGGAUAGAUUACGUACAUGGACCUACGGGUCCGAAAUUUAAAAACCUGGCUAGGAAGGAGAUUUGCCAGAAUGAGGGGGCUUGCGUCGUGAGGUCAAGUUUGACAGAGGAGGCCGAGAUUCCCUUCGUAACCCUCGAGGGGUGGGAUGGGGAAGGUGCGGGCGAGUGGACCGAUCUGCUCGACGAGAAGGAGAAAAGGGAUUGAAACGGAACGAGCCAUUGAGUGGUGGGACUGCAGAUCUGGUCGGGAAUUGCAUGUUAGGUGUAUGGUGUAGGGUGUUUGUCUACUUUAUUUUAACAGCGUUUUCUGUUUGGGGGCUGGGUAGGCUCGCCCAUUUGCUUCUUGGUUCGAUUAUUGUGACACCCUGUGCCGGGGGUUUUCUUUUCUUUCCCUCUCCUAUUUGGGACACCGAACUUGUACUGUAUCAUAUUCUACGAUGGAUCAGGGCCCGGGAGUGUUGGGUCGAACUGAGUUAUGAUAGCAUGGAUCUGGAACAGCAUGGAUUUGGUAGAGGGUAGAAAUUGGAAUUGAAAUGAUUUGAUGCGACCU